CUUUCACUGACAGGUGUGCUCUCAUCCUUUGAAAAAAUAAUUCAUUUUUCUACAAAAUUUAUAUGUUUGUCUUUUUCGUAUUUUUUCUUUUUACAAACAGGUGCAUCUACGUAUACAACUCAUACCGAGCUGCAGGGCAUGAUGCUGUCGUUAGAGCCGGAAUGAAAAUGUUGGCUACUCUUGUCACACACAGUCUACAAAUGACUGAUUUCUAUGAGAAGAAGGCGGAUAUAGAUUUUGCCACACAUCCUUGUUACGAAAAUAGAGAACGUACCGACAACUUUGACAUUGUGAAUGUAGACAAUCUCCCGCAACAAGCUCCCGAUAGCAUGGAUUGUGGUGUGUAUGUGGCAGCCUUUGCUGAAUACUUGAGCUCAAGUGAAGUCAUCCCAACCGAAUUCGAUGCAAAGUUACUCCGUAUGAGAUACGGUGCCCUUUUAUGCGACUAUGCAUGGGAUAAGUCAAACAACAAUGCAUCAAGUGAUAACGAGCAACCUCCAAGACCAAUUAGACCGGCCGUUGAUUACGAUGCAGUUGAUAAAGAGGAUCUUGAUUAGGCCACCAAGUCUUUUGUGUUUUUGAUUUUCAUGUUGAACAAUAGCAUAGUUGGUUGCGACUUUUGUUGUUGUUUUUUCAUUUUGGACAUAUCGUUUCAUGUGCCGUAAUGUUUUUUAGGAUGAUUAAUGUUGAACACCACCUUAUGGUUUUUAUAUUGUUGUUUCUUUCAAGUAUGU